AGGAAUUUGUCUUUGGUAUAUAUGCUCUCCAUGUACAUAAGGAGAAUAAAAUACAUUCAUCAAGAAUAAAAAGAUACAACACUUAGUCAAGGUUACUAAUAAAUUGUACUAAGAAACAAAUAAAAAGAAUAUAAAUUGAAAGAUACAAGCAACAUGGUGGGACAAUAUCCAUCAGUAAAAACCAUUAAUACUCUGGGAUUGUUCAACUUUUAGCAGAAUACCUAUCUAUAUGAAGUGGAGCAAGACAAUGAUUUGUUUCAUGAAGAUACACAAAACAGAUGGUUCACGUUCUGUCUCAGACUUGGCUCAAAUUCAGAUAGCAAUUUAGAGUUGAAUGAUUCGAUCCUAUUAUAGUCUCGAGAGCUUCUUUGUCUCCUACUGGCAAACUACAGAUUAUGAGAUAAGCGAGGCUGUUGAUAUCAUCUCUUUAGAUAACUAAUUUAUGUUAGAUUUUAGAGGCCAGCCUGAUCUCAGCAGAAGCUCAGUUGUGUAACAGCCAUGACAUUUCAUUUGCUGGAUUUUUAUCUCUAAAGAGGUAAGCAAGGAAGUAAUGCUGGAAAACUAGGAAAACCAGUUGGUCUAGUAGUAUUUUGGACUGAUAAUUAAUGUAAGGAAAUUAGCAAAGGGAAAACAAAGUGGAAGUGGAAAAUAAAAACAGGCUUGAUGUUUGUGAGAAAAAGCAAAGCAAAUGAAAUCUGAGAGAUGAUGAAAAUAUAACUUAUUUUGAAAGUCUCAAGUAAUUAAUGUGAUAAUUUAAUCUUAUAUUUGGUAUCUUAUUCCAAAAGGGAUGGUCACAAUAGUGUUAAAGUUCCAUGUUAUUAUAAAAUAUACGUUCUUGGUAAAUGUUUUGGUUCCCCUUUUAUGAUUUCCCUAAUGAGGGAUACUCAUGCAAAAACUUGAUAAAGCUAAGCUAUAACAUGGAGUUAUUUGUGUAGCAGUGUAAACAUCCACGUUAUAAAACACUGUUAGAAAAAAUCCAAAUCAAUUUGAGGAAAUAUGAUGAAUUACCAGUAAAGAGAUCAACAAACCAAAUGCAACACCUGAAAACAAUUUUCAAAUUGUUCUUUGUAAUCAAUGGACUUGUCCAGAGUGAAACAGAAACAAACAAAAUUAGAAAAUAAACAGGAAUUCAUUAAAACAGAUGCAGAGAUCAACCUGUAGUAAAACAGGUAGAAUCUGACAGUGACAAAAACGUACCACAUCAAAGACAAAAAAUUUCCUGAUGCAAAUUGCCUGUUCUACAUUGGGAUGCUAAGAAGAAACAGGUUGCAAUGCAUGAUAAAACUCAGAAUAUUGUUCUGGUCAUAUCCCAGGCAGAGUGCUUAUUCUUCACAGCAACAGACAUGGCUUCUGCCUUGCUCUUCACUGCAUUUUUUUUCACCAGUUCUAUACCGACGAAGACUUCUCAUCCACACUAUUACAUUCAACCUACAGUAUUGUAGUCUGUAUAUUUAUUUUAUUUUGUCACAACAUUAUAUACAAGCACAUACAAUGAAAGGAAACAAUAGGAUAGGAACGGUAGGCACUUUUGUGCACUUAUGCACGCCCCUUUGUCAUUCAAAUCCACUGGGAGAGGGACAGUUAUUCUGUUGUGCCAAUUCUUGAAAAGAAGAAAAAAAAUAGCACUCUGAAGCAGAAUAUCACAUUUUAAAAUAACCUCAAUUAAGAUUGUGGCGUAAAUUUUUACAUACCUUCAAAAGAAGAGUUUCUGCCCUGAAACCCUAAUUCCCUUUUCCCAUAUAUUGCAACCUUCAAUCAAAGCCUUAGGAAGAUUUCUUGUUGACACCCUAGAGUUUACAGGGUCAUAGUUUGGUGCUUUCUCUCACCUUCAACAAGAAAUCCCUGCUCUUACCCCGGCCCCAAGCAAUUGACUCUCUCAAUUUAGAACAAGGUGGUCUUUUCCCCCCAAUUCCUGGAUAUUUUCUUGGUUCUGAAUUGUACUUUCUCUCUCCCCAUAAAAGUUCAUCACAGUUGCUAUCAGUUACUUUCUCUUGGGUUUGCUCAGCUCACUCCUCUUCUUGGAAACCAAAACUAAGUGACAGUUUCCAGUCUCAUCUUGCUCACAUCUUUCAGGUACCUCUUUCCGUUUGCUCCAGGUAUUGUUCCUCUUUUCCUUUCCCAAGUGCCUCCUCUCACAUUUCCCAGCUCUCUCUCGCUCUCCACACUUUGUCUCAGGACAAAGGGAGGGACUUAGAAGAACCUGUUAGGCCAGCCUUGGCAGGUAUCUUCUCUCUCUUUUCCAUCCCCACCCCAUUGGAUUUUGGAGUCAGUAUGAGCUCUCCUACCACCCUUAAAUCUGGGAUUCUGCAUUGGCUGUCUGGAGGAAUGUGGGGGAAGGGAAGGAUUUGCCAGCAUACGGGGAUUACUCAUCCACUCACUACGCUGAGCAAGUGAUACUAUUUUAAAAAAAUGCAAAGCACCCCAGUGAGAACACUGGGAACCUGCAAGGUCGGGAGGGAACGGUGAAGAGCAGCAACACGUAUUGGCAGCGACCUACAAAGGCUUUCGAACCAGUCUGACCGCAGGAUUACCAAAACAGCCGAGGAGCCUCCUUUGGCCAGCCCAGCUAGCUAUUCACUUCCAGUUCGUGCAAUCCGAUAGAGCGAUAUACCUGUGGGCUAGAGAGCUACAGCGCGGAAACCAAGAGCCUUCUCCACGGCUUUCUAAGCACCUGGAAGGAGGAGACCAGGCGCAGAGUGGGGUAAAGGCUCUGCUACCCAUUACACUGCUAAAGCACGCCGCUAACCACAGGAGCCAGAUAACAGCUUCGGCGCCCCGAGACCUGGCGGCGGUGCGAGAAGCACGUCGGCGAAAGAGGUGGGGAGAGAAACAGCGGAGUCUCGCUGACAGUCCCGCCUGUCCGGACUCCCCAGUCCCAGCAUGCAACGCGCCGCAGUUUGAAUGGCGCUGCUGUCUACGGCGAGUGGGCCGCGGUAUUAGGACGCCGCCGCCGCCAAUUCCACGGCUGGCAUCGGAGUCCCCGGCGCGCUGGACCAUGAGCGGCAGCAGGAAUUGUGGAGAUUAUGGCAUCUGAAGCUCAAAAUGUUAGAAAACGGAACCUGUUAUGUAUUGAGGGUCGCCCUAUUGAUCUCCCUAAGAAAAGGAGCUCUCAUUCCCUUAAUGAGAAUAUGAAGGAGGAUAAGAAAUCUGCAAAACAUUUGGCUUCUUGCAUAAGCAGAACACCAGUUGGACAAACUCUAACCAGCCCUCAUCCUCUGUUCAAAGUAGUAUAUUGUAGAAGAAAGGCUCACUAUUAUUCUCCAAAGCCUUGUUUCAGAAAGAAACAGCUCCCUAAAGUUAGAGGCCGUGACAUGGCAAAUAAGGAAAAUGAACUAGCCUGCGCAGGUAACCUGCCAGCCAAAUUGCCUCCUAAUGGUCGUACUUUCUUACUGAACUCCAGUGAUGCUGGCCGAUCUCAAACAGAGAGUCCUUCAUCAAAAUACAGUGGAUUUUUUUCAGAGGUUUCUGAAGAUCAUGAUACAAUGGCCCAAGUUCUCUUCAGUAGAAAUCUCCGAUUGAAUGUAGCUUUAACCUUUUGGAAGAGGAGAAGUAUAAGUGAACUUGUAGCCUAUUUAGUGAGGAUACAAGAUCUGGGAGUAGUUGUAGAUUGCCUCCCUGUCCUUACCAGCAGUUUACAGGAAGAAAAACCUUAUAUUUCUGUUGGUUGCUGUGUAGACCUUCUACCAUUAGUAAAAUUAAUCCUUAAAAGCAAAUUUGAAGAAUAUGUAAUUGUUGGUUUAAAUUGGCUUCAGGCUGUGAUUAAGAGGUGGUGGUCAGAACUUUCUGUCCAUACGGAUAAGAUAGAAGAUGGAAAUAUUCAGAUUUUAAAAGAACAAUUAAGUAUAUUGUGGAAACAAGAAAAUCAUCUUACUUUGGUUCCAGGAUAUACGGGUAAUAUAGCAAAGGAAGUGGAAUCUUAUUUGUUACAGUUGCACUGAUAUACCUGGAGGACAAAGCUGUGUGUGCACAAAUGUGCUUAAACAGAAACAGUCAACAGUAACACUAAGCAAGAUACUUUUUCCAAAUAAUUCCUCAUCUGAAGACUGUCUUUGACAGAAGAAGGCUAGACCAUUGGAUUAUUUAAUGCGAACACUAAAUAUCCAUCUGCUUCACAUUGAAGUGGAAAAAAAAUCUAACAGGAGCAACUUUUACUUCAGUGAGGUGAAAGUGCACUAUGAAAACUCUAUGUAUGCCUUUGCCGCAUUUGGGGGAUAUUUUCAGUUACCUGGUGAAAUCAUGAAAGUGUUUCUUCUACAUAUAUAUAUAUAUAUGUAGAAUAUGUAUAUCUAUAUAAUACAACAAAACCGAAUUGUGAAGACAGAAUUGAAAACCAUUACUAGGAACCACAAAAGGUCAUUCGCCAUAAAGAUUUUUUAAAGUCAUGUUUUUCUUAUGAACUGUAAAAAUGUAUUUUCAAAUAUGUUAAAUAUUUUGACAGUUUUGAUAUACUGAAUUUCUGAAAUGUGUCUGCUAUAUUAAUCAAAAUAUUAAAGACUAUUUUUGUUGCACUACUGAAAACUGCAUCUAGCAAAGAGGCCUUAACUACUAGAAUUGCAAAUAGCCAAUAUAUUAGGAUAUCAUAUAGCCAAUAUAUUAAAUAACUAUAUAGAGGGAUGGAAAUUCCUUUGAAAAAAAUCAAAGUGUUUACACAAAUUGUGUACAAAUAAUUUUGAAACGUUUUGCACACUGAAAUAUAUUGAAGUGGGGUUUUCCACUAAAUUGACUACUUAAAUACCUAUAUGACUUAAUUAUAAGAGUAUUAAAAUGUAGAACAUGGAGAAAGUUAACUGUAGAUGUCAACAGAAUAGUGAUUCUGUAUAUCUUGCAGAAUUUUAAUACUUUUUCUAAUAUAUUCUCCUCUUUGUAGUUUGAAUUACAUGCAGCUUAGUAAAUGUACUAAUGUUACUGUUUUAAGUUCAGAUUUUCCCACUUCAAAACCUUUUCUGCUAUUCUUUGGAUAUUUAAAACUCCUAGAAAUGUUUACAGCCUGACUAGACUUGUGCGUUUCAGAUUUAACAGCGCAGCUGCUACCUCUUCUAACAAAUGUUGCUGCAAAGCUUUCAGACGUAGAUGCCACAUGGUCAAAUCCCUAACUUAACACUGAUUUUUUUAAAAAAAGAAUAAAUGCAGUACAUCCCAUGUACAAGUUUUACAGCUGUACUUUGUUUGGGUUAUUUAUGACAUUUUAGGACAAUCUGCUAUGGAUUACUUGAUCAUUUGAACUGAAAAACAACUUGAUGUGUUUCUAAACUGGCACCUGUGUUUUACAUAAAUAAAAAACAAAUAUUUCCAAGUAAAGGUUUAGGAAGUGCCAGCAGUGCAUCAAAACGUAAACUGAAAUAUUUAUAGCAUGCUAGCAAAGUUGCUCGUUAUAUUUAAUGUAAUCCCAAAUUAUAUUUAAAUAUUAGUUUUAUGUGUCUAGAAGCAACUGCAGGUUGUAAGAGGCCUUAUAUACAUUUCCUUAUAAAAACAAUUCUGAAUUGUUAAAAUCAACAUUAUAAGUCUAGUUCUGUUGACUUACAGACUCUUCCAGCUGUACAGAGUCAUGCAAAUUUUUCCUGGGUCUUAUAUCUUUAUAUAAGAGAAAAGCUGUCCUGUUCUUGAGCCAACAGAGCUAAAAAUAAUUUAAGGAUUAAAUAUGUAAAAUCAAUCAUUAUUACCGUAAUGUUUUUAAGGGCUUACUACAUGAAAUCAGUAGCAUCAAUAACAGACUGUAUAAUUCUAUAACAUUACUGUACUCAUCUGAUCAACUAAUUUAAGACAAGUAGCAAUUUUAUUCACUUUCACAUUGACUUCCUAUUUCAUAGGCCAUUUUGCCUUGAUAAUUGCUUUUUCUUUUAUUCCAUUCUAUAGAAGGAUAGUUAAUAUAAAGUGGCAUUGCAAAAAAUAAAGGCUUAAAAUAAUUAUGAAUGAAGUAGAUGGAGAUUUUGGGAUAUUUUGUGUAUGGAGAUUUGAAUUUUUUUUAUAAAUGUUAAGACCUAUUAAAAGUUGUUUAGUUGUUUUGUUUUCCAUUAAAAUUGGUAUUAAAUCAUACAGCCACACUUUGUGCAACAUCAGCCCCUAGAAAAUGCAACAGGGAAUGAGCCGCCAAUCACUUAUAAUGAUUUACACAUUAGAUGUACCUAGCUUCAGUAUAUGCUGCACCAAUGCGUACUAAACAAAGGAUGAUAAGGUGAAGCAUCUGAAGAGUGUGCUUUGCAAAACUAUAGAACUGUGCAGCAGUAUAGUUAGUCCUCAUUUAGUGACCAGAGUUGGGACUGGAAACUCAGUCACUAAGUGAAGCAGUCGCUAAGUGAAAAAUCACAAGGCUGUGACUGCUUUCUGAUUUUAUUUCCUUUUCUUUUCCCCCACUCCCCUGCCUUUUGAAAUGCUCACUCUCAGCGCUAGGAUAAUUACUAAGUAGGGAUUUAAUGUUCCUAUUUACAUUCAUUAAAGAGGGAGGGACUACAAGAAGGUAAGCAGGCACAUAAUAGGGGAUAUAUAUUGAAAAGAAUGCAACAAUAGACAACAUGAGUACAUUCCUUUAAAUGUAUAUUCAUUGUGUGCCUGCUUACUGUCUUGUCAUCUCUAUUUCUCCAUUCUCUCUGCUCUGUGAGGGGAAAAAAACAGAUCAUGCACAGGACAAUAUGUAGGAUUGUAAUGAUGACACGUGUGACUGAGGGAUGCUGCAAAGAUUGUAAAAGCUCAGCUUGGUCACAGUUAUCUUUUCAGCACUGUCAAAAUUUCAAAUGAUUGCUGCACAAGGCAACUGGUAAGCAAAGUUUGCCUGUAUAUAUUCAGUCAUCAAAAAGAUCAGGCCUGGGGAAAAGCAACUCUAAAAUACUUUUUGGAGAUCAAUUGCAAAGUGAUGUACAACUGUACAAAACAUUCUACUGCAAUUGAAGCAUAGAUUUAAAAAGCCAUGUCCUUUUGAGAAUUUAUAAGCUGCUUCAAAAACUGUCUUGCAGUCUGUAUAAAUGUGUCUGCAAUAAUUUAGCUUCAGUGGUGUCUGAAUAAAAGUGCAUGCACAGUUUUUACUUUCAUUUGUUUGACUGUUGCUGCAAUUACUAAUACAGUAGUACAUUGGUAUGUCUAUUUUGACAAGAAUACUUCAGGAAAACGCAUAAGUUAGGCAAAAUAAAGUUUCAAUAAUGGAGAAUCAAUAUACCUCAUGGUUGAAUUGUUGGGGUUCUUAUUCUUUGAGCUUUUUUCUUGCAACUUUUUUCCUCACUUAUGCACUUAUGUUACUUAGGCUAAUAAUGAAAUAACUGCAAGAAGACAAGGAAACACAGAGAACGCAAGAAACCAACAAAAUAAUUACAUAGUGCUCAACAUCAAGUACUUGAAUAGAAUUGUUAUUUUUAUUGGGAGGAUCUAUAAUGUCUGCCAGGUAUCAUCUGAACUUUGUAAAACAGUAGACUUUGGCAAUAAAUUCCAUAUAUUUGUGUGUGAUUAUUUUCCUAUUUUAAUACCAACAUUGGUAAUCUUUGUGUCUGCCUGACCCAGGAUGUUAUAUAAAAUUAUGAGCUAUAAUUGUAAAUGCUUUCCUUGUGAAGAAUUGAAAAUAAAAAAAAAUGAACUCACAAA